CAUGAACUUCCGGAUUAUGUAGAAAUUUGGCAGGUGCCCGUAGCAGUUGAGUGAAAUGGUGAUUUGGAGUUAAAUUACGGCCUUACUUGUCGACUGGGAAAAUGUCUGGAAGUGCAAUGUUAGAAAGGCGACCCACGUCUAGACAUAGUGGUUCCCCUUUAAAAGGACAAUGUAAAAUACAGCAUCGGUCAGAUAUCCUUAUGAAGGAACAGGUUCAGAAUGUUCAAACAAGUCAAGACAUGUUAAAAGCUGCGGAAGCAAAUCUCCAUGCAGCGAAAUCAUCGGAUGCAGACCGGUAUCAGACCAUUGUAAAUGAUCUAGAAAUAAAAGUAGAAAGACAGCUAAUUGUCUUACAGAUAAUGCACAAAUUAGAUAUAGAGUUGGCGUAUGCGAGAGCUGAUUUACAGACGGCCUUAUAUGAACAAGUAGGUGAUAUAAAUACAGCUAGAAAACGGGUAAAAUGGCUGGAAGACAAAAUGGGUGACCUUUGUGGCAAGAAAAGGUUAAAGAGUCAGCCGGUAACAAAAGAUGAUAAGUCAACUAACAAGACAGCGAUAACUAGUCCGGAACAGAGUGAUUUGGCCAUUGAAUCUUCUUCGCAGAUCGAUCCGGAUAAGUCUACCGUGGAACCAGAGUCAGGAGACGUGGAGACCUCUAGUAGCGCUGAAAGCCCAACUCGCGAUUCCAAGAUUAUUAGUGAUGAAACAGAAGUGGCUAAUGAGACUGAAGAAAACAAAACACCUGUAACUGCUGAGACCAAUGAAAAAGAAGUUAGCAAUCUGUCGAAAAAAGUGACAAUUUUUGUGACAACAACCGAUGAAGAUGAGCAGGCUGAUGAUGAUGAUGAAGAUGAUGAUAAAUUAGAAGAGGAACAAAAAGAAACUGACCUUGCUGGUGGUUCAAUUCUUGAUUAUGACCAAUCAUCCAGUACUAAAGAGAAGAAGAAAUCAGUAGUACAAAUAGUUACAGGAGAUGAAGUAAAACAACCAACUUUCCUAACAGAAGUUUCUAAAGUUACGUCUAAAAGUUGUGUUACCAUGGCAUCUAUUGUCGACAGUAAAGGUUAUGUUUGUGAUGUAGAGGAAGAUGCAGUUAGAGAUUAUUGGCAAUCAGAACAUCAUCGAUUUGAUCUCGGACAAUAUUAUAACGAGCUGAUAGAUAACGACCCAAUAUCAUACCAUAAUCUAGGUGUAUCCUUACCUGGAUGUUUUAUAAACACUGAUACAGACGAUCAAGAUUUUAAUGAGUUACCAUGGAGAUUGAGAAGAAAAGAAAGUGAUAUAAAAGAUGUACAUAGAAUAGCAUUAGAUAAACUAGCUGUCAAGUUAAAUGGAAUGUACACAAAGGUUUAUGAUGCGGCCAUGUUGUCUGUGUUACCUUCUUCAAGACAAGGUGAAGGUCAACCACAAGAAUCAAGAUUUCAAUCUAGAGAGAUUGUUGGUCAAGGUCAUCUAACAGAAACAUCAGACAAUACACGAAGUCAGCAGCGAUCUGGUAAGAAAAGUGACGACACGUUCGCGCUGCCGAAAGUUGUAUUAAAGAAAAGGGGAGGUAAUGCCACUAAACUGGUCUACUAUCCUAAACCUAUACCACCUCCAGACGUUCUACCAAUUACUAGAACGAGUAAAAAUAAAGAAUUUCCAAGAUAUUCCAGUGCAUUUGCUGAGCCUGGAGCAGAUAUCCGACCUCCAGCCAAUAGAAUUGUAGACCAGAGAAAUUUAAUGGAAGAAACAAAGUUGGUUUUAUAUCGUGAGAAACCAAAACCAAAGAAAGAAGGACCAAGUACGACAGAACGCAGAUUUAGGCGAAUGCUGGAAAGGGACAGAACUCUGAGUUCCGUUUCAUCCCCAGAAUUCUUUGAAGUUGAAGAAGAAGCUGUAUCACUUCGAAAAAAAUUAAGACAAAGUUUCAUCAUGGCUAAAUCACUGGCCAAAAUAAAGGAAGUGGAUAAAACCGAUCAAGAAGUUGCAGCCGUCAGUGGCUGGCAGUCGAUUAAACCAACAGGAAAAGGAAAAGGAUAUUCUGGUCUAAGAUGGGAGAGAGUUAAGUCAAUUGUCCAUGUAAAUCUGUUGUCUCCACGACCUGAAGAAAGAAGGGAUGCAGCCAAGCAACUAGGAUUAUUAAGAUGUGGAGAUACCAUGGUAUUUUAUGCGUUAAAAGAAAGACUGCAUCGAGAUGAAGAUAUGAGGGUACAAUAUGAAGCAGCUAAAUCGUUGAUUUUAAUAGGUUGUUGGGAUAAUGAAGUAUUACAGGUUAUAUUAAAGUUUUUAGUUACUGGUAAUACAGAAAUAAGAUUAGAUCUAAUCACUACCAUGACAAAAGGAAAGAAUGUACAAUAUGUAGACAAAUCAAUAUCAGCAUUUACUGAGUUAGUGAAAGUUUUAAGUCAUUUUUGUUGCAAUCCUGACCCCGAUGACCCGAUAUCCAUAGAAGCAGCUGUCUUGAUAGGGAAGCUGUGUGUUUCAGAUGUCAACGCCAAAAACAAAUUAUCCACUACCUUGUCAGAAACGGACGAUUCACAUCUCAAAGCCAAGGCUUUGGAAAUUCUGGUAAAACAGUUGAAUUGUACUGAUGAAACAGUGGUUAGAAAUUUAAAAGACUUGCUUCAGACAUCUCCUGUAUCUAAACAUCGAGCUCUUGCGACUAAACUUCUUAUAACUUUAGGACCACAACAUCCAUGUAUUGUAUCAGAUGUAGAGGAUAUUUAUAAUCUGCUGGAGAGAAAACUAUGGGAUGAACCUAGUCUUGAAGUUAGGGUGUCCUCAGGAAAAGCUUUAACAGCACUUGGGAUGUUCUCUAGAGCCUGUGAAUCAGUUGAAAAGAGGUUAGAUGACCGUGAUGAAGAAACCAGAGCAGAAGCAGUUGUUUCUGUUGGAACAUUAGGAAUGAAGAGUGAGAAAUUAACUAGGUUAUUGUUGGAGAUGCUGGAGUUGGAUACCAGUGAAUAUGUUCGUAUAAUGAUCAUUCGAGCCUUCGCUAUCCUGACAUUAACAGAUAAACGUGUAAUGAGAUGUCUGAAAGAAAGGGAGAGAUUAGAAGGUCCUCUAGGAAUCGAAUCCCGUAAAGCUAUUAAAAUUUUAGAAGCUGCUCGAGAGACCACUCCAAAAUUACAAUUGUCUAAAGCUAAUUGUUUACGAUCUGUACAACUAGCAGUUAAAUAGAAGACAAAUUUGAAACCAUUUACGGACAGAGAUGUGUUUGGUUUUUUUUACUGAAUCAGCGCCAUAGAAUUCUAAACAACAGUAUUUUAUAUAACCUUUCAUUAUAUAUAUUGCGCAAAUAACGGGGGCAUCCUGCUACAGGAAAGGACAAUGAACUAUAACACAUACUUAUGGAACAACAGCUACUAAUUUCAAAGGAUCCAAGAGUGUGAUUUAAUGGUGACAUUCAGCUAAUGGAUAGGGCAAUAAACUAUAAAACAGCUACGUGUACUAACUUCAAAGGAUCUAAGAGGCUGAUAUCUACAAUUGAACUAACCAACUGAAAACAAUGGUUGGGAGACUACUUAUGUCUUUAAUUGAUAAAAACCAACAAGAAUUCAUUGGCCAUUUUUUUUACUUGCACUGUACUAUUGGUAUUAUUUAUUCAUGAACAAGGCGGCCGAUUGGCGUGUACGUAACAAGGAGUAUGGUAACUUGUACGGGCUAGGGAAUUAUUGAAAUAUAACUGAACCAUAUGUCUCUCCCUAACUCCCUCCCUCCCCCCCCCCCCUCUCCCUCCCUCCCUCCCCCCUCCCCCCUCUCCCCUCUCCCUCUCCUCCCAAGAAAAGCCUAGUAGAAACUGUAACAAUAUAGACAAUAAAAUCACACGAUGCAUAUUUGGCAGUGUCUUUUAUUCAAGUGACAUAGUACAGGCAAGAUGCACGCGCAAAAACUGAGUGACAAUCUCAGGCGUUACCAACCGAGCACAUAUUUAUCUGAUCGGCUACCACUCGGAAAACCUCGGAUAUUCCGUUACUUAUUAGGAAAUUGCGUCGUUCGAAGCGUGUAUAGAAUUUUCAGUGCAAAGUUGUCCCUGUUUGAAGAAAAUCGGAUAACCUUGAAAGAAAAACAGCUUCAGACUUUGAAAUAUUUGUAUGAUAAAACAUUCUUCAAAGGCGUCGUCAUGGGCAACGCCGUUGGUAAUCCGGGAACUUGAACGUAGUUCCAAUGGCGGACUUCGUCAUACAGCCGAGGCUAGAUGUAGGGACUAGGGUACUGGAAUCUGCUGAGGUUUGUCGAGUGAUCGGAUACAUGCUUACAAAACCAGUCGAUAAAUUUUUAACAUGAUAAUACUACAGAAACGUCUUCAGUCAUAAGUAGUAACUGUAUUCCAUAGAAUUGUGAACUGUAUAUAUUCCAGUUCAAUUACUAAAGACGGGGCACAGACCACUAAUGAUUUACCCAUUUGCUUUAAUGUUAAUUCUCGUCUCUUAGACCGGCUCUAACCUUUUCCCAAAUUCUCGUUGGGUAGAACGCUUUAUGCCACAGAUGGAGCAACGUGUGGCAAAUUCUUGCUCAAAAGCAUGUGUGAGGAUCACCAUGGAAAACUUGAGAUACACAAGCUGGAAGUAGAGACAAGUAAACAUGCAAUUUUCGGCCCUGCAUUUCAACGUAACCAACCUCUCAACUCUUGUAUCCCCCCGCCUCAAAAUCAUGAAUAUUCAUCAAAACCUGGCAGAAAAUGUAUUUUCAAACCGUUUUCUUCGAUUCUACACCAAAAAGUAAUCAAAAAUCGCCAUGCAAAAGGGGGAAAGGGAGAGAAAGACUAAAAAUAACUUUCGCGAAGCAAUAAUUGGUGAGCUGUGUCCAAAUGCCAUUAAAAGAAUUUAUGUGUAUAUUAUAUUAUCUAACUGAGAUAUUUAAUUAUAUAUGUUUUAUAAAUAAUUUAUGGAAUUGUUCAUAUUAUCAAAGUAUAUUAUUCGUUGUUUUAUUAUGUGUAUUUCUGUUUGCAACUAUAGGAGCCAUGGUGGCGCAGUGAGUAAGGCACUGGCUCUUUAACCAAGAGGAGGUUGAAUGAGCCACGGUGGCUAAGUGGGUAAGACGCGUGUUCGGUCCCUGUAUUUGGGCGAGAACGUUCAUCGGAAUUCUCCGACGUGGUUUCCCUUCGUCCGUGUUGCAGGACGGAGGGCCUGCCAAGGAAAGCUGUCUAGUAGUUCGAAUAGGAUGAAAAACCGAGGCCCCGUGUAUACAUUGGCGUGCAGGUGAAAGAUCCUUUGGCAGUUGGUAUUCGAUAUGACUAGACAAUAGUGCCGCUGCCCGGAUAAAUCUGACUUUUCGGGCAGACGGGUAAAGUGAAAAAAAAAACCCAACCUAUUAUUUGAUCUAGUUGGCAAAAUAAAGUGACCAAAAUAAAAAAGAAAAA